UGUAGAGAUCUGCUCAGAACCCACGGUGCUGUUCGUUCCAUGCCACCUGCUGUUCGGUGGCCAAAAGUCGAACAGAUCUCCGGGACUCGGGGACCGCCCACCGUGUGGUUUGGCUCCAAGUUUGAACAGAUCCCAGCCCGACCCCGUUUGAGAUCCGCGGAGAAUCGCCUUGAGAGCUCCGCGGUCGGGAUGGCGGCAGAGCUUGGGUCAGUUGGGCCAUAUUACCUCUUCACGGAGAAGAACACUUUUUUGGAGAUUCGCAUGCUAGAGGACGUGCCGACGCACGUCCGCAAGAGCUCAUGGUCCGCUGGAGAGAACCAGACACCACGGCUUUUGGCGGAAUUGGAUGCUCCAAACGAGCAACACAGCAGGGGCCAAUGCCAGCCGUGUGUCUUCUUUGCCAGCCGCCAAGGGUGUACAAGUACAGGCUGCUCCUUUUGUCACUUGGCCCAUUCCAAGAAAGUCAACCACCGCCCACAAAAAGCCAUCCGCGACCAGAUGAAAAAGGCCAUGGAAGAGGUCUUGGAAGUGUCGGAUCCAGAAGCUCGGCGCCUUGCCAUGCAGAAGCUGGCAGCUCAACAUGAUUACAUGCGCCGAGUGGUCAUUGGCUUUCUUGACGCGAUGACCUUUGAGUGUGACGUUCUGGUGUGAAGUUCUCACAGAAUCAGAAUGUGGUUGCCUCGCCAUUUGCCAAGGAUGGCGAAAACGCAGCGAAGAGAGUCUGGUAUCCUGUGACAAGUUGGCGAACAGCCAAAGCCGCGGGAACGGGCCACGUUUUCUUCUUUGGCAUAGUCCAGUCUUGUGGCUGGCCAGUCUUGUCUCUCACGUCAGUAGGGUUGGUGAAGCCGCUAGCCAUAAGGUUUGGGCAAAUGAGCGAGGCGGACAAACAGAAGUCUUCGAUGG